AAUUAGUUUAUUAAUAAAGCUCUUAAAGCUAAUUUCAAUGUACAAUGUAUUCAAUGUUCUAUUGUUCAAAAUUUACAAAAUAUCAUAUGUAAAAAACAAAUAAUUUAAAGAUCUUCUGAAUUAUUAUAUAAUUUAUUUAGAGUUAUAUCUAAGUAUUGUGUUAUUAGGCAUUUUUGCUGCAACCUUGACACACUCUUCCCCUACAAGAAACUCAUGUUAAAUAGAUAAGUUUUGGCACAACAACUGCACACGUUUUCUUGAUAACAAUAUUGAUAUGUGAUUCAUGACCUUGAGAAUAGAUAUAAAAAGGCAAAAGAACUCUCAACUUUAUAGCAAACCAAAAUCAGCAACAAGCAGCUCAAGCUAACAUCAAGAUGUGCCAACUGCAAAAGAUCUGUGAGGUGCUCUGCCUGUUCUUGCUGAGUGGAGGACUACGUCUUUGCACUGCGGAAGUGUUUCAACAAUGCGCCAGUGUGGAGGUGGAUACUUUUAUUAUGGCCAUCGACGAUUGCACAAGCUACAUUUACUGCAAUGGCGAAAACUCCUUCAGGGACAGCUGCCCAGAUCAAACAUACUUCGAUGCCAAUGCGCAGGAGUGCGCCUUUGACGAUACCGGCAUUUGCUUGGAUGCAAUGAAGACAACAACUGUAGCAGCUUUAGAGGAGAUGAUGAAUAGCAAUACUGAUGCACCAACGGCUGUGCCUACAGAAACAGAUACAGAUACAGAGCAGACGAAGCCAGGAGACAGCAGACCGCAUUGUGACACCAGUGGAGAUGGCUACCAUCCGCAUCCAGAGCGCUGCGAAUACUAUUAUAGCUGCAUCGCUGGCUACUUGACCAUAGUGCGUUGUCCCUACAAUUACGGCUGGGAUUAUGCGCAUCAGCAGUGCAAGCCCCUGUCCGAGGCGCAAUGCUACAGCUUAUAGAAUAUAGAUCCGUAGACUUAAGAAUAGUAUUGAGCUAACCCAGAUUUACAAGGCAACUGUACGAGAUGACAAUAAUAAAUAAGUAUU